AUGGCUUCAACUGAAAAAGAUGCUACAGUAUUCAAGUGGGUCGAUGGUAUUUGUAUAUCUAGUGUGUGGGAUAGCGAUAUGAUUCGGUCGGCUCUUCAAUAUGAAGCUCAACCAAAUGAUAUUUUUAUUGUUUCAUAUCCAAGAUCUGGUACAACAAGAAUGCAAUCGAUCAUCUAUACCUUGCAGACAAAUGGACAACCAUUCAAUGAGGAUAUCCUAGAUUUUAUUGAAAGAAGCAUGUAUUUAGAAGCUUAUGGUGCUGAAGGUAUUAAAUUAAUUAUGCGCCGUCCUGGUGUCAUCAAAACACAUAUUCCGUUGAAUCGUAUCUCAAAUAAUCCAUCAGCCAAAUAUAUUUGUGUUGUGCGAGAUCCAAAAGCUGUUGCUCAAUUUAUUGAAAUAGACAACAUUAGUGAUCAACUUGUUGAUGUCACCGCUUAUUAUUCGUCGUUUGAUUAUAUGAAAAAGAAUUAUAAUAAUACACGACGUGAAUUCUCUCAAAAACCUAAUCCAUGGACUAAAUUGUCAUCAUCUACAUCCACUUCCAACGACAUACUGUCGACAAUCUCUCGAUCAGAAACAGAAGACAAAUUCAACGCAUUGAUUGAGACAAUAUUCAGAUUAACUUGUUACGACGGACAGCUGGAUUUUGUGCAUAAAGGAGAAAAUAAUCAAUGGAAAGCAUUUAUGAGUAAGGAACAAUCUCAACUGAUCAACAAUCGUAUGCGAGACUUAUACAAGGAAUGCGAAGGUCUUGAAAAUUAUUGGGAAAAUAUCCACAAACAUUGA